AGCCCAUUUUUCCUUUGCACAGAACAAAUACGGCAGCCAGCAUGUUAAUCUUUUUCCACCUACUUAUAUGUAUGUGCGUUACUUUCGCUACUAGUAAUUAAUACUCCCACUAACAGUUACUAUACAAACACACACAAAUUCAAUUUCAUUCCAAUUUUCUUUCAACAAUCACAAUGGGGAAGAAGAAAAAUAAGAGUAAUGGAGGAGAAAACAACAACAAUGGAGGAAAUGAAGAAAACAACAACAAUGGAGGAAAGGAAGAAAACAACAAUGGCGGAAAUAAGGAAAACAACAACAACAACAACACAAUGAUCUUGAAAGUUCAUAUGCAUUGUGACGGUUGUGCUUCCAAAAUCACCAAAUACCUUCACUCAAUCAAAGGUGUUGAAACGGUGAAAACAGAGAGUGAGACCGGAAAAGUAACCGUCACCGGUAAAGUGGACCCCACAAAAGUGAGGGAUAAUCUUGCAGAGAAGACAAAGAAGAAAGUUGAACUUAUUUCUCCACAACCUAAAAAGGAGAAAGAGAAUAACAAGAAGGAAAAUGAACCAAACAAUAACAAAUCUGAUGACAAAAAAACCAAAGAUAAUAAAGAGUUGAUUACUACUUCUGUUUUGAAAAUGGUACUACACUGUCAAGGUUGUAUUGACAAGAUUGAAAAGAUUGUGAUGAAAACUAAAGGGGUUAUUGAUAUGAAGAUAGACAAAGAGAAGAAUAAUGUGACUGUUAAGGGUACAAUGGAUGUGAAAGGACUAGUUGAGAAUUUAUCAGAGAAGCUUAAGAAGAAAGUUGAGGUUGUCCCUCCUAAGAAAGACAAGGAAGGUGGUGGUGGUGGUGAUGGUGGUGGAGGAGGGAAGAAAAAGAACAAGGGUGGUGGUGGUGGAGGAGGAGGAGAAGAAGGGGGAGAUAAUGGUAACAAUGGAGGAGGAGAAGUUAAAAUGAUGGAGCAUUUGGUUCAAGUUCAACCACCAUAUGGUUUUGGUUAUGGAAAUGUUGAGGGAUAUAAUGGACAAGUUUACCAAGAGUUGAUACAUUUUCAUAUGAAUUCACAACCACCACAAAUGUUUAGUGAUGAGAAUCCUAAUGCAUGCAUUGUCAUGUGAAGUGUGAGUUGUCACUAUGUCAGAAAUUAAUUUCAUUCAAUUCAAUUCAAUUCAAUUCAAUUCAACAUGGUGGAUUGGUGGUGGUGAUGAAUGAUGAUAAUCAUGAUAGUGGUCUUUUGUUGAUUCCAUGAGACAGGGAAAAAAGAGUAGCAACUAGAGUGGUCAGUGAGUCACUAGAGUCUUUCUUAUUGUUUUCUUUUUUUAAAAAAUGUUUUGUUCUAUGUAUGUAAGGAAGGGUUUUGAUGCAAUUAAAUUAACCAAUACAUAUGGAAAUACCAAUUUAAUAA